AUGGGACGGAAUCGUCACCACCAAACGCGCGCCACUCACUACGACCAGCGACCGACUCGUGAUGCCAAUGAAUAUGACGAGUCCAAGCGCCGCAAGAUGAUCCGCUGGAUUAAGUCACGCUUCGGCUACGUUGAACCGGAACUUCAUUUGCGUCCGCAAGACCGCAACAGCUUGAGCAAAAGUGGCCGCUCCGGCGGCAAUAGCAGCUUCUCUGUUCCGUACGGUAACCUGCAAUACACACCGUCGUACCGUAUGGACUACCAUACCCAUGUACUCAUCGUCGGUGGUGGAAUUGGUGGACUAUGUCUCGCUCAAGGCUUGAAGAAACACGGCAUCCCAUUCACCGUAUUCGAGCGAGACCCGUCUCCCAAUUAUCGCACGCAGGGUUAUCGCGUUCGUAUCAACCACGACGGAUACGAAGCAUUAAAGACUAACCUCUCAUCUGAGAACUUUGAGGUGUUUCUUCGAGCUACGGGUCAUUUCCAGCCCGGAUUCAAGUACCUCGACGCCGAGACGGGCGAAGAUGCACCGCCGAAUGCCCAAUUCGCACACAAAUCUAACGUCACAAAGAACGUCUUUAGUGCCGAUCGCGCUAUGCUGCGAUCGUUAUUGCUCACGGAUCUCAAUGACAAUGAGAUCCAGUACGGGAUGGCUUUCAAAAGCUUCCACGUUCAGCCUAACGGACGUGUUGAGGUCACAUUUGAGAGCGGUAAGAUUGUAGAGGGCAGUGUUCUUGUCGGAGCUGAUGGCACCACGUCGCGUGUGCGUCGACAAUAUGUGCCUGGUGCAGCGACGCUACUUGACACUGACAGUGGUGCCAUUUACGGCAAAACCUUAUUAACCCCUGAGAUCGAAAACUUCUUCGAAACAGACAGCACCACGAUGGUUGUCAGUAAAAAUCCUAUGAUGAGUCUCGUCAUGGAACCGCGUUGUAAGAUCCAAGCAGAUCUUAAGGAGUUCGCUGCAAUCUCAAACUCCGAGCUACCAGAUCUACAGAACUACAUUUGCUGGGUUCUUAUCGCUCGUGCACAGCAUUUCCACCGGAACGAAGACACUACAGUCCAAGAUCUCUUCUCUAUGACGCCGACACAAGUUGCCAACUUGUCCAACGACAUGACACGCGACUGGUGUCCUCAAAUUCGGACUAUUUUUGAGAAUCAAUCGCCCGAGUGGAGUUCUUUCCUGCGUAUCUCGACUAUGUCUCCGGAGAUCCGCCACUGGCAGCCGUCGACCGUCACGCUCAUUGGAGAUGCAGUACACACGAUGGCUCCUGCAGGAAUCGGCUGCAACACUGCACUACAUGAUGCACAAAUGCUGACUAAGUAUUUCGACGAGAUGGGGGUUGGGGUGGAUGCAAUUGCACAAUACGAGCUCAACAUGCGUCAGUACGGCUCUGAGGGCAUCUCGAUUAGCAUGGAUGCCGGAAAAAUGAUGUACAACCUCCCAGAAGUGGAGGAUAUGCACGCAGUAGUGUACUGA